AUGGCUCAGCGACCACCAACGGAACCUUUGCCAUGGGAAGAUUGGGCUGAGCACCUGAUGUACCCUCAUCUUAUCAACAUGACAGCAGAACUAAUACGAGAUACAACAUACAAGUUGAGACACGCUGAGAAGAUAAAAGAUAGACACAGUCACAGCAUCACUUAUGAAUUGGGUUUCAUAGCCGCGGGCAUCCAGGAGAGAUUUCAACGUAUGCUCAAAAUAUAUCGCAAAUACGCCGACAUGAAGGCCUUUGAAGAGUCAACAUAUACUGUACCAGAACUGAUGAAUGCUUAUCACGUAAUGCAAGGAGAUUACAACGAGAUUCGUCUUGAAAAGGGCAUUUUUCACGAUAUAGUCAGAAAAUAUGAGAGUACUCCACCCACCACGCCGCCUGGUCCACCGAGAUCGACACCAGGUGGCCGAAGACGCGUCACAUGGAGAUCGAAUUUAAAUGAA